UUAACCGUCUUGAUCGUUCAUAAAAACAUUACAAGAAUUACGUAUUGCUUUCAUAAGUUGCUUCAGCUAUGUUUACCUGAUUAACACACAAUUAAAUACAUUCUUAAAUCUCCAUGGUCAAUGUAGAGAUUAAUAGAAAGAUUGAAUUUUAUCUGUGACCUUAAAGAAUCAACUUUUAUCCGUCCAAAUGUGUCCUUGUUGAACCUUGUUUAUGUCUUUCAUUCCUCACUCUUCUUUCUCUUUCUUUCUUCUUCCUUUAUCCUAUCUCUAUCCAUUUAUAUUUCCCACCUCCUCCUCCCUCUCACCUUGAAUCUUAAUCUUAACCCUGUACAACAAUCCAAGAAGUAAACUUAUAUCUCCUCCCCAAAAGUACCUGAAUUAAUAAAGAUCAACCAUCAUUUUGAUGAUUGGUUAUUAUUUGAACUGUAGCUAACAGUUUAGUGUCUCUUAUAAACACAAGUGUAAAUGGUGAGAAAGCAAUUGUGAUUCAACAAUCUCGACAUUAAAGUCAACUUUCACUGAAUAACCCAAAAUUUUGGUUCAACCAAUUGUACCUCAACAGGUACAAUUACAGUUAGGCUUGGAGUUUUUGUUUGUCACCCAAUUGUUUGGUUAUUUGUUUACCAACCACGAAAUACUGCAUUGAUCUCACGCAUUGUUGGACUCGCUGCUGUUAAUGUUUCUGUUGUUGACAACUGAGGCCAUUACCAUGUUAACCGUCAUUCAUGUUUAAUUUCAACUUACAAUUGGUUUAAUAUUAAUCCACAAUCGACACUUUUUAUAAUUUUUGUGCAUUUCCAUUUUUAACUUGACUUUUUGUGUUGACCAUAAAGAAGCAACAUGGCAGCCAUGGAUCUUGUGAAAGCCAUUGGAAUCUUAGUAAUAUCUUCCUGUUUUUUAUUCAGCUCACCAUUGGUACAAGGUGACAGAAUUGAUAGCUGUGAUAUUGAUUCACUCGAUCAAUGUGCCAAACGGUUAUUUGGCUACGGUGAUCCUAAUUAUACUUUUGCAGCCACAGAAGAACAGGUUCUUCAACAAUGCAAAACCUCCAAGGAAGCUGAAGUUUGUAUUCGUCAAUACAAUAAUCGAUGUGUUAAACCAUUUGCUCGUCAGUACAUUAACAUUAUGCUUCGAGGUCCAUCUAAAUCGUUAAAAGAACGAUGUAGCUCCAAGAAAGGCAUUGAAGACUACCUAAAAAACACAGAUUGUUUAAAUGCCACUAAAAAAGAUCUGGACGUUUGUACACACGAUGUCAUUGAAAAUUUCAUGCUCGUUCCAAAAACCAAGAAACCUGAAUGGAUCCCAUUAUCUUGCUGCUAUCUGUCUAAACUGGAGAAAUGUUCAAAGAGUGCAAUUGAAAAUAAAUGCCCUCCAAAUCAGACUGAAUACACGAGUAAAGCCAUGAGAAAUUUAAGAGGAGAUGUUCUUGAUUUAUUCUGUGACCAUGAACUGGAAUGGGGAACCGCAAAAUGUGAUGAAUUUGUUUCUAAUUUACCAGUGAAAGAGAUUAAAACGAAAAAACCAGAUUCUGUAUUGCCGGUUAUACUUAACUUAAUGAAUCGGUACAUAACUAAAUCAUAACACAGCAUUGUACAGAAAUUAUUUUUGUUAUAUUAAGUGCAAUUAACUGCAAAAAACCAAAAAUGAUCUACAUAUCCAUUGA